GAGAGAGAGAGAGAGAGUUGGAUGAGAUUUUGGGAGUCAGUCAGUUAGUAAGUGCUUGACCGGGGAAGGAAUGAAACACUUUUAGUGAGAGAGGGACUUCGCAAGCUUUACUGUGCGCGUCUAUUUGUGGUGUAUACACAUAACUUUCAAUACGUUAUCAAUGGCCAGCACUGGAUUAUUAAACAGAGCGGCUGGGGAGCCCCCUCGCAGCCCGCAGCUUUGUGAAAGUGUUGCAAAGUUGGUUUCCUUCAUGAACUCGUCUCUGCCCGGUGUGUUGUUAGUGCCGCUGGCCGCCCUGCUGCUGUUCUUCGCACCGCUGUGCGCUGGGCUUAACCUGGACGCGGAGACACCGUCGCUCUUCAGCGGAGCUAACGGCAGCUACUUCGGCUUUUCUGUGGAGUUUUAUCUCCCGGGCUCCUCCAGUGUCAGUGUUCUGAUUGGUGCACCCAAAGCCAACACCAGCCAACCAAACAUCACAGAGGGCGGAGCUGUGUACUACUGCCCCUGGGCCCACGACCAAUCAGAUUGCAGGAUCAUAGAGUUCGACACCAAAGGGGACCGAUCCACAGUCAUCGUCAACGCCACGGAACAGGCGGAGUUCAAAUCCAAUCAGUGGUUUGGAGCAACUGUGCGCUCCCAUAACAACACUGUACUGGCCUGCGCCCCGCACUAUCACUGGAGGACCCAGAAGGACGAGGCUGGCUCCGACGCCACGGGGACCUGCUUCCUGUCGGUCGGUAACUUCACAAAGUUUGUGGAGUACGCGCCCUGCCGCUCGGAUCUGAACGGUUCAGGGGGUCAGGGAUACUGCCAGGGUGGUUUCAGUGCUGACUUCACAAAGAGGGGGAGGGUUGUCCUUGGCGGACCAGGAAGUUUCUUCUGGCAAGGUCAGCUGAUCUCUGCCACUCAGGAGGAGAUUGUCAAGUCGUAUUUCUCAGAGUACUUCAUCACGCAGGUGGGGGGGGAGAUCCAGACGCGGCAGGCUCACGGGUCGUACGACGACAGCUACCUGGGUUACUCUGUGGCUGUGGGAGAGUUCACUGGAGAUGCAGAUGAAGAUUUUGUAGCCGGGGUGCCGAGGGGAACUCUGAUAAAUGGUUAUGUGGCUGUACUGAAUGGAACUGACCUGAAAUCUGUAUUCAACUAUUCAGGAGAGCAGAUGGGCUCCUAUUUUGGCUAUGCCGUGGCGGUGACUGAUGUCAACAGCGAUGGUCUGGAUGACCUCCUCGUGGGCGCCCCCAUGUUCAUGGUGAGGGGUUCGGACGGGCGGCUGGAGGAGGUGGGGCGCACGUACCUGUACCUUCAGACUGUCCCCCUGGAGCAGAACCCCUCUGCCCAGACACUGACAGGCUCCGAGGUGUUCGGCAGAUUCGGGAGCUCCAUCGCCCCCCUCGGAGACCUGGACCAGGACGGCUUCAAUGACGUUGCGGUCAGCUGUCCGUUCGGAGGUGAGGAGCAGCGGGGUCUGGUUUACAUCUAUAACGGCGGGGUCAGGGGACUCCGGGACACCCCGUCCCAGGUGCUGGUGGGGCAGUGGGCGUCCAGCAGCCUGCCAGCAAGCUUCGGCUACGCCAUGCGUGGGGGCAAGGACAUCGACGGGAACGGCUACCCAGAUGUUCUAGUCGGGGCGUUUGGAGUAGACAAGGCGAUUCUAUACAGGGCCCGCCCGAUCGUGAACGCCAGCGCCACGCUCUCAGUGUCCCCCGCCAUGAUCAAUCCGGAGGAGAAGGCCUGCUCCAUCAGCACCACCAAGAAUGGAGUCAACGCCAGCGUUCCAGUCUCCUGUGUCACCCUCAGUUUCUGUCUCCACGCGAAUGGGAAGCACCUUCCAGACCGCAUAGAUUUCAACGUGGAGCUGCAGCUGGACCGGCUGAAGCAGAAGGGAGCGGUGAAGCGGGCUCUCUUCCUGCAGUCCAGGCAGCCCAGUCUGCAGCAAACCAUCAGCGUGUGGAACGGGAUGGGACAGAUCUGCAGGGAGAUGAAGAUCUACCUGAGGGAUGAGUCAGAGUUCAGGGACAAGCUCUCCUCCAUUUAUCUCUCCCUGAACUUCAGUCUGGACCCCCUCGCCCCCCCGGACCGGCACGGCCUGCAGCCCAUCCUCCACUACCAGACCCAGGACCUCAUCGAGCAGAAGGCUCAGAUCCAGCUUGACUGUGGGGACGACAACAUCUGCGUUCCAGAUCUCAAGCUCACAGUCCACGGGGACAGGAAGGAAGUGCACCUCGGGGAUGACAACUCUCUGACUCUCACCUUCAACGCCUGCAAUGAGGGAGAGGGCGGGGCCUAUGAGGCGGAGCUCUACGUGGUCCCGCCCCCAGAGGCCGACUACAGCGGGAUCGUGCGAAACAACGAGAGCUUGUCCCAGCUCGCCUGCAGCUAUGAGACUGAGAACCAGACCCGAGUGGUGAUCUGUGACCUGGGGAACCCCAUGCGGUCCGGCGCCAGCCUCUGGGGCGGUCUGCGUUUCACCGUGCCGCACCUGAAGGACUCCAAGAGGAGCGUGCAGUUCGAAUUCCAGAUGAGAAGUAAAAACGAGAUGAAUUCCCGCAGUGAAGUCGUUGCUUACAGGCUGGAGGUCGCAGUGUUGGCAGAGGUCAUCUUUCAGGGGGUGUCCAAGCCAGAGAACGUGGUCUUCCCGCUGGUUAACUGGAAGGCCAGCAAGCGCCCUGUGAUGGAGCAGGACAUCGGGCCGCUGGUGCGGCAUGUGUACGAGCUGGUGAAUAACGGCCCCAGCUUGAUAAGCCACGCCCACCUGGAGCUGAACUGUCCAAUGAGGAUUCAGAAUCACCAGCUGCUGUACCCCGUGGAGGUCUUCACCCAGGGACCCCUGAAUUGCACCACCAACAACACCAUCAACCCCUUCCAGGUCAAGCUGAACCACUCUCCCACGGAGCAGACCCCCACCCUCACCCCCGGCCCCGAGCACUACAUCCAGAAACGGGAUGCCCCGCGGGACGCUCUCUCCGAAAUGGACACGCUGAGCUGCUCCCAGGUUUACUGUCUGAAGCUGCGCUGUGAGGUGGGGCUGCUGGAGAGGGGCACCAGUGCCGUGCUGGAGGUGCGGUCCCGGAUCUGGGCAGAGACCUUCACUCAGAGGAAGUAUCUCCCCUACGUGCUGGAGUGCCAGGCUGCUUACAAAGUCCUCAGAAUGCCAUACGAAAUCCUGCCCAGGACGCCCCCUAGUGGAGCAAUACAGGUGAGCACAUCGGUGGUUUGGACCAAGCCAGACAACCCGUACGCCGUGCCUCUGUGGAUCAUUAUCCUGGCGGUCCUCGCAGGACUCCUCUUGCUUGCUCUUCUCAUCUACAUAUUAUACAAGCUUGGUUUCUUCAAACGCUCCUUACCCUACGGCACCGCCAUGGAAAAGGCCGAACUCAAGCCCCAGGCUGCAUCCGAGGCCUAAACUGCAGUAGGCCACAAAGACCAAAAAACAACAACUAAGGAAAAGAAACAUUGAAGUGAAACACUGCAGCUCGGAGCGAGGAGGGAGACCACUGGAACUCAGACUGCACUAAACACAGCAACAAAAAACUAAAUGAAUGUUUUUUUUUUAUUUUAUUUUCUGAGGGUGGGCAGGGUGGGUCUUGGAGAUCUGAGACUGAAAUGAGAACGCAGCCUGAUCUGUACGGCGUUGCUUUGCAGUGCUCCGGUCAUGUGGACGGUCCUGGGUGACUGUUGUUUGGUUGGCUUUUUAUGAACUGGUUUUGGCUGAUUUGUACAGACUGCAAUUUGUGUGUGUGUGUUUUUUUUUUUUUUUUUUUUUAAAUGUGU